UGCCAAUAAAUUUAUAAACGUGUACGCGCAGUGAUUGUGUUUUCUUAACAAUUAAUUGGUCCGCCUACUUUGUAUUGUUUGUUGUUGAAGUCCACGCGUGUCAACUAAUGAUGAGCAAGUGAUUAAAAAUUAGGGCUUCCUAUAAUUAGCAACCCGGUACAUGUAGUUUUAGCACGUUCGGUUCAUUUCUUACAAGGUCUUCUACGUGUAAAGAACAGUUUUUGUGUGAAUUCUUGUUUUAGUGAUUUUGUGUUGUGUGUUAAGUAUGGCUCGUCGUUUGUCAUUGCGCGAGGAUUCCCACUUUCUAGUGCGUUAUGUUUGUGACGACAAUCUUCAAGUGCGAAGCCGUGUGUUUUUCAAGACUCAGCCAGACUUGAAUAUUCAGUGUGGAAAUGAGUAUGACGUUCAGUGGGGCCGGCCUAAGGAAGUCGAUCGAGCUGUGGUCUUGCAUGCUGGAUGUGAGCAGGACAUGAGGGCCAAGCUGCGAGAGAUGGAAGAUACUGUGUGUCUACCAGCCUCUCCUUGCUCAUCAACUUCUAUGCCACCGUCACCCCGAUCUCCAACUCCACCGCCAAUCCAGGAACCCAAACGUCGCAAGAAAGAAAAGUCACUUGCAAAACCUGAGAAGCCCAGGGCAACUGUUCUUGCCGUUGGACAACCCCCAGCUCUACAACCUGCAGUGCCGGAGGCAGAGCCUGCUGAUCCACCGACGUGUCAGCCUGUUGAAGCCCCGUCCGCGUCAGCUGAUCCGCCAAUCUGUGAACCACGAUCGCCAUCCACUCCAGUUCAGGGCACCACUCCCGUACGGUUCCGUCCCUACCGCAACUCCACUGCAGAAGAAGGCGCCGGAAGUUCCUUUCAACUGGCCUUGAUGAGGGAAAUGGUGGAAAUGCGUCAAGCCGUCGACACCCUGACAAAGAAGUUGGACGCUGCCAACCGCCGCAUUGCAUCGUAUGAGGCCGCACAGAAGACUGUGCUCAUGAACACUAACGUCUUGAUCGACAUCGCAAGGAACAUCCGAAGCAAGCGCCAGGAUCCCAUCGCUCCAGUGACCGCAUCAACAACAACAUUCUCGCUGGACGACAUACCGGAGGAACACGCAAUCGGUGAUGAGGAACUGCGCCAGAUUGUGAGAGAUUCCAGGAACGCCGGUAACUUUGCCGUCAACCUCUGCAGAAAAUUGUGGCCGGAACUCUACGGUGAAGGAAACCUUCGGUUUUCCUACAACUGGUACGGUGGUGGCAAACACAACAAGCAAGAGCUGGACCGUGUAAGGAAAGGCGUGGUGAAGAAGUAUGUGUGUUUCUUCUACCCCGAAGUCGUGAGUGAAGAUUCGUGGAGAGAGAGGAUCGUCACUCGUAUCAACGAGUCCCUACGACGCAACGACAAGCGUUCAACGAAGAACACCACCGUCACCAGUGACAUUCCUAUCCCUCCUCUGGAACCGGCUUGUGAUGACGAUGUGUUUACCUUUACAGACAUGUGACUUGUGUUGUGAUGAAUUAAAAACUGACUGUACACAUUUUGCACUUGUCAAGCAUUUGUUCUUGCGUUCAUAAAUGCUAAACUUGUUACCAUUUGACAAUUUUGAAU